AUGGCUGACAGUCCUCGAAAACCUCAGGAUCUUAUUCAAAUUAAGUUCGAAUUCGAUGCGAAAGGUUCGGUCAAAGGUAUGACAUAGUACUAGACAUCUGAUAUGCUUUUAUCGUACAAUCAGACAACAAUUAUGUAGUAGCCCGUAGACGAUGUAGUCGACUUGUUACAUAAAUGGGCAGCCUCCCUCCCGCCACAUCCCCUCCCAAAUAAUCGCCUCCGGUCUUAUAAUUCGUGCUUUUUUCCGCGUAGAAUGCCGUCCCGUCGAUGGCUCUUAUCUCUCGCCCUCAGGGCUGGUUGGCUGAUCCAAAUCUCAGUCUGGAUUCUCAUUUCUUGAAGUCUCCAAAGUCUUUUUACGCUUACAUUUUUACUCGAUUGCUACCUUUACACUACUUUCAGACACAAUGAAAACCCAAAACGAAGAUCUGAAGGCAUGGAGAUACAAAUACUUUGGAAUCUUACUACUUACCCUGCAACAGGCCAGGUAAUUCUAUCUUUCGUAGGAAUUUAGACCCUUUUUUGGUAUUACUUUUUACCCUAGCAUUACAUAACUUAAUAUUUUUUCUUACAGUAUGCCUUUGAUGGCCCGUUCUGCCCGUUAUCGAAGUGAAAAUGAGGUGUUCUUCUCAACGGUAAAUGUAUUCCUGAUGGAUGUCAUCAAACUGUGUCUCUGUUCGCUCGUUUUGAUUGUGAAUGAAGGAUCCAUUGCCAAAUUUGUGAGAGAUGUGAAAGAAUCCGUGUUCGGGAAUCCCGUAGAGACCAUGAAGAUCUGCGUUCCCUCCUUGAUCUACACCCUUCAAAACAAUCUUUAUUACAUCGCUUUAUCCAAUUUGGAAUCAACUACUUUCUGUGUGGGUCUACUACAAUAUUCAUUGAUUAAUUGAAUAAUUUUAAUUGUUCUAGAUCACUUACCAGAUGAAGAUCUUGACCACAGCCAUCAUGCUCCGCUUCGUUCUCUCCAAACAACUCUCCAAUAUGCAAUGGCUGGCUUUAGUCAUCCUGAUUGCUGGUGUCACCGAUGUUCAGAUGCAAUAUCAACCUCCUGCUGACAAUUCCAAGGUCGAACAGAGGCCCUUCGUCGGAUUUGUGGCUGUGAUGACCAUGUGUUUCACCUCGGCUUUUGCUGGAGUCUACAUGGAGAAGGUGUUGAAGCAAUCCUCGGCCUCGGUGUGGAUGCAGAACAUCCGCUUGGCCUUAUUUGGAAUGGUUUUGAGCACUUUGUCUAUCUUGUAUCAAGAUCUGGAUGGCAUCAGAGAAUGUGAGGGGUCUUUAUUUACAGGGAAUUACCCCAAGGGCGACUCUCAGAUUUUGAUGAAAAUUGGCACAAAUUUAGAUUCAUUUUUUCUUUGACACAUACGAGGCUUCAAGCUCGCGCUUUGCAGAAACAAGCGUAUUUUUAGGUUUGCGAGUUUUGGCAUAAAACGCGUCGUACUCCUUUUGUCAGAGAGAAUUUUAUUACAAAAAAUCAACUUUUUCCGGAUGAAACUGGCAAAGAUAUGGGCAAAAAGUUUUAUCUCUGACCAAUCUCCGUGCUUCGCGUACUCUCUCAGAUUUUUCAAUAUCUUGGCAACACCUGAAAAGCGCGAGAUAGAACUUUCAGGAUUGAUAUAUGGCCUAUGCCUGACGUGUGUCAAAAAUUCAAAGAAAAUCAAAGCGCGCACUUCCCUUGUUAGUUAUAUCAUUUUUCAGAUGGAUUCUUCCGAGGUUUUGAUACUCUUGUCUGGAUUAUGACCUUCACCAACAGUGCCGGAGGUCUCUUGAUCUCUAUUGUUAUCAAAUAUGCAGACAAUAUUCUCAAAGCUUAUGCUCAGGUAAUCUCUAUUCGUCCAAGUUAAGUUCUCUUAGUCCAUGGCUAUUGUCGGAGCUGCCCUCGGAUCGUGGAUCCUAUUCGAUUUCAUCCCCAACUUCCUCUUCUUGGUCGGCAUGUUGCUGGUUAUGGUGUCAAUUGUAAUGUACACAGUGUUCCCAGCCAAGGCCAAGCCCUAUCAGAAUAUUGUCCAACCAAAUGAGAUCCGUGAGCCCCUCUUCUUUGUGUCCCUUUCUAACAACAAUUAAAUAUUAACCUUUCUCUUUCAGGCGUGUGGAACCAGAAACCCUGA